CAAGGCCCGGGCGGGCGGGCGGAGGAGCCCCAGCGGAACGCUGCCGUCGGUCCGAUGCGGCGCAGGUCGGUGCCGAGCCGUGAGGAGGGAUUGGAAGAUGGUGCGUGAAGCUGCGCCUUGGCUCCCUGAGCGAAGGGGCCGUUGCGGGGCUCGCCCCGCCGCCUGCCCGGGAGGUGCGAGGGGCUAGGCCGGGGAGCGCAGGGAUGGAGGGCUCGGGCGAUGCCUCCCCCGCCGGGGCCGACUGGCGCCUGGUGCUGUGGACCCUGUGCUCCGUGCUGCUGCCCGUGCUCAUCACGGCCUGGUGCAGCUUCCAGCGGUCGCGGCGGCAGCUGCUGAUCCGGGACAUCUUCCGCAAGAGCAAGCACGACUGGCACUACACGGACCUGUUCGGGUCGCCCUCGUACUGCUGCGUGUGCGCCCAGCACAUCCUGCGCGGCGCCUUCUGCAGCUGCUGCGGGCUGCGCGUCUGCGAGCCCUGCCUGAAGGAGGCGGACCGGCGCUUCCUCUGCAAGGAGAUCAUGAUGAGGGGCACCGCCGGGGCCCCCAGCUCCAUGCCGCACCACUGGAUCAGGGGCAAUGUCCCUCUCUGCAGCUGCUGCAUGGUCUGCAAACAACAGUGCGGCACGCAGCCCAAGCUCUGCGACUACAGGUGUGUGUGGUGUCAGUACACUGUGCAUGAUGAAUGCAUGGUGGAUAGUUUGAGGACUGAGGAUUGUACCUUUGGAGAAUUCAAAGACUUAAUUAUUCCACCCUACUAUUUGUCUGCAAUCAACCAGAUGCGUAAAGAGAAAAGAACCAGCUAUGAAAAGGUGGUCCCUUACUGCAGUAAGCACUGGAUGCCAAUAAUGGUGCUGGCCAAUACUCGCAGUGGAACCAACAUGGGUGAAAUAUUUCUAGGAGAAUUUAAAAUGCUGCUGAACCCUGUUCAGGUUUUUGAUCUCAGCAAAAUUGCACCUGCUAAAGCUCUCCAGCUCUGCACUUGGCUGCCCUGCAAUGCUGUCAGGGUUCUGGUCUGUGGUGGGGAUGGCACAGUGGGCUGGGUCCUGGAUGCAAUUGAUGAAAUGAAGAUAAAGGGGCAAGAACGAUAUAUCCCACAAGUGGCAGUUUUACCUCUGGGAACAGGGAAUGACCUGUCUAAUACUCUGGGCUGGGGUGCAGGUUAUGCUGGAGAAGUCCCUGUAGAGCAGAUCUUACGAAAUGUCAUGGAGGCAGAUGGAAUCAAACUAGACAGAUGGAAGGUUCAAGUAACAAACAAAGGAUACUACAACUUAAGGAAACCAAAGGUAUUCACAAUGAACAACUACUUCUCUGUAGGACCUGAUGCUCUUAUGGCUCUGAAUUUCCAUGCCCAUCGUGAGAAAACUCCCUCUCUGUUUUCCAGCAGAAUCAUCAAUAAGGCUGUUUAUUUUUUUUAUGGAACCAAAGACUGCUUAGUACAAGAAUGUAAAGAUCUUAACAAAAAGGUUGAGCUAGAGUUGGAUGGUGAGAGGAUUGAGUUGCCCAAUUUGGAAGGCAUCAUUGUGCUGAAUAUUGGAUACUGGGGAGGUGGCUGCAGGCUCUGGGAAGGAAUGGGGGAUGAACCUUAUCCUUUGGCAAGACAUGAUGAUGGACUUCUGGAGGUUGUUGGUGUUCAUGGUUCUUUCCACUGUGCCCAGAUCCAGGUGAAACUGGCAAAUCCUGUUCGCCUAGGGCAGGCACACACAGUGAGGCUGAUCCUGAAGAGCUCCAAGAUGCCGAUGCAGGUGGAUGGGGAGCCCUGGGCACAGGGGCCCUGCACUGUCACCAUCACUCACAAGACCCAUGCUCUGAUGUUGUACCACUCUGGGGAGCAGACAGAUGAUGAUGAUGCCUCCAGCCUGUCAGAGUGACACCAGGGCAGGGAGCAGCUGGAUCAAGACCUGGAGAUUUUGUGGAAUUGGGAUUUGAUGUGCGGCAGUGAGGAACUUCAGCUCGUUAAAACACCAAUGUCUGAUCUGGACUGAGGUUUAUCAACUAAGGUUCAUACUUGUGAAUGAACUAGAGCUGAGGAAAAAGCCAUGCUUCUGCACUCAUGGAAACUUUCACAGCUGAAUUACCACCACUGGUUUGCUUUAGCUUGGUGGGGAUGCCCUCCAGCCUUUCCAGCUGGAACAUGUUCCUCUCGUGGCUGGAAAGGGACGGAUGCUGCAGCCCUUCCUUGCUGUGCAAUCAGGUCUCUGCACAUACACAGCACAGUGUUUCAGAGAGAUGUUUCAUACCCUUGGAAAGGGGAACAGCUGGGGUUUGACCUGCUUCCACCUGCCCCAGAGCAGUUCCAGAGCAGAAAACCAGCCCAAGCAGAAUAUGGGUUGAUGUUGUGACAGCAGCCUGCUCCUGGCUGCCAUCUCUGCCUGGGAGCAAGAGCAGUAACUCUGUGCACCUGCUCAUGCAAUGCAUUUCUGAUAAGCUUCACUGGGAGAGUAGAGGAUCUGGGAGCUCUGGGGAAGGUACUCAACAAGAAAAUUGCUUUUGGACCAAAGGUUUCUGGAAAUGUUAUUUAGGAAAUGUCCUUUUUCAGUGGCUUUGUAAGCCAAAGAGUACCCUGAGGUCUUGAGUCCCCAACAUACAAUUCAAAAUACUUGUACCAUGAAUUGCACUGAAUGAUCCUGUGACUUGACUUUGCUUCAGCUCAGUGAGAGACUAAUUCCAGUUUUUGUAAGUAGCAACAUCAUAGUUUUUGGGCAGGCUUUUUGGAGGAAAACUUGGACAAAGGAGCAUCUUCUUUAGCUGUUUAGAGAGAAGGGUUUUAAAGAAAUUAUGAUGAUUGGCAAAUGUGGGGUAUUUUUUAAAAACUUGUUGAAGAACGUGGCUCAUAAUUACCUGAGAAUGAUCAGUACUGUCAGUCUGUUAACUUGUAAUUGUAAGUGUGGAGGUUGAGAGCUGAGUUUGCAGAGGUGCCAUUCGUGUGUAGGAUUUGAUUGUGGAAAAAAGCAUGGAAGCAUUUGUUUUCUGACUGGCUCUUAGGUGGUAAGAGAUGCCUUGUUGGUUACCCUCAUUUCCCUUAUGGGUAGAAAGGGGGAAAAAGAUGAGAGGUUGAUCCUGGUCGUGGAGGUUCAGAACACCCACAAGAGCACACAGGGACUGUCUGGUAUGUCUGAAGCUUCUCAGGUUAAAAGCUUCUCAGGUGAAAACAUCUUCAUGGUUAACAAAAGUAGAAGAUCUUAUUCCUGCUCUUUUUGUUGUAAGAAUUUUGAGCCUGCAGCAGGUGAGAACUGAGUUGAGGUUUAAAAUAGCUCACUGAGUAAAUUCAGUUUAGUUACUGAAGGUGCUCUUCCAAGUAGGAAGAGAAUUUAUGCUGUGUAAGCCAAGAUUAUAAGAAGGUGAAGGCUUUGGUCUGAAGUUUGAAUGUUGCUGCUUUUGUCAUGAUCCCCCAGUUUUUAAAUUUUCUUUAUGCUGACUGAAAAUGAGACCAUUGGGUAAAGUAGGCUAUGUUUCUAGGUUUUUUAAAAUGAAACCAUUUUUCAAAAACCUGUAAAAUGAUGUUUGCAUUAGCACUGAAUGAUCUAUUUAUAUUUUAAAAUAAUUUAUUGAAACUUGGCAAAGUCAGUAUUUUUAAAACCUUCAACUGUAAUCCUCUUUGGAAAGCAUUUUUAACUUGAUGGUAUUCCUUGUAGAAAGUGUAUGUACUAGAACUUCAAUACUACUGAUUCUCAGUGAAUUUAUAGCAGUCUGAAAAUGUGAUUAGAGUGUAAUGAACUGUAAAGCAGAAGCCAUUUGUAAAUUCCAUAUUCAUUAGCCUUAUAUGCAUAACUUUAAUUAUUUUAUUGUAUGUAAAUAGAGAUGAAAAAUAAUAGUAAAAUAUAUGUAAAAAGUGUUUAAAAUACUUUAAGUAUGCUAUGCUAGAUUAAUCCAUUACCUUUUUUAUUUUAGUUAUGAGCUUCAAUUUGUAUUAGCUUCAAAAAUCAUACCAGUUAUUAUUUUUUUAAUGACAUGUAACCAUCAGCACCCUAAAAGUAUUUAAGUUCUAUGCUGUAGUUUUUAUGUAACUGUGGUUUACAAACAAAUGAGGAAUCUGUGGAAAAGCAGGGUAUGUGCUCUGAAAAGCAGUGUUUGAAAUGACACCACUGGCUACUUUAAACUGUACAUAAUGCAGUUCAGACUUCCCUGAAGUUGAUCAGAUGAUUAUUCAAAUUGGCUUGAAUAAUCAAUUUGAAUAAUAUUGGUUUAUAGCCCAAGAACCUUGAACUGUUGAAAAACGUCACUCUUUUCACUUCUGACAUCUAGAAAAAAAUAAUUGAUGCCAAGGUUGGAAGUGUCCCUGUGUUCCCACAGGUGAGUGGGGCUGUUUGUGCUCCCUCCCACUGCAGCUUUUCAUGGGUCCAGUCCAGCAUGUGUGACAUCCCCUGGGAAGGGUAAAUCCAUCAUUCCUGCUGGAGGAACAAAGUGAAAGUAGCAUUUAACUGGGUGCUUGUUUGGGACAACCCCUGCUCUGUGGUCUUGGUUUUGGAGGUGAAGUCUGUGUCUCACCAAUGGACUGUGAGUGAUGGCAGCAAAUGUGGCCCUGGGGAAGCCUCUUGUGGAAUUGUACCUGUGGUUUAGAGAACAUUCUGUAAGGCUGAAGUGUCCACUGGGAGUCUAUAGCUGUCAUCAUUUGUGUGGCAAAAAAAGGUCUUGUAAAACAGAGUCAGGCCUGGCGUCUGUGGGAAGCCUUGCUGUUUCCAGCUGUUCUUUGCUUUCAAUGUUUCCUCCUUUCUGGUGUGUUGCAAAUUGGGUUAAAGCCUGUUUGGAAUGGCUUUGAGGGAGCUGUUUCCUGUUUUAGCCCAGUUUGCCCUCAGCAAUGAGCUCCCAGACUGUCUGGCAGCAGGAAUGGACUUGGCUGAUUUGUAUCAGAGCUGGAGCUGCCCAGUGUGCAUUGUGAAUAUAAACUGCUCCAUGCUUUUUCAGUGUUGUAGGUGCAUAGAGCACCAUUUCAAACAGCUCCUCCAUCCAAGGAGUUGCUCCUUGUAGGCUGGAGCCCUGGAAAUCCCCACACUAAAUUCUCUGUGUGGGAGAGGGAACUCUGCAGCUGGAGCUCCUGUCCUGCACUGAAGAGUUUUCCCUUGUCCUAUUAAUCAUAAACAUUGGAAAAAUUGAGAAAACAAUAUUUCAAAAAGCCAGAUAACAAACUGUUUCUUCUGCCAGUCUGUAUAUUAUAGAUUUGUGUAAAAUGUACAGGGUAAACAGUAACACUGAUUGUCAAGCACUUCAAAGUGAGUUCAUGAAGUUUAUUUUUAAGUUAUAUUGUUGCAUCUAGUAGCAAGUUUGGUCAGAUUCUGAUAACUUUCUUUAAUGUAGGUUCUCAGUCCUGUGACAGGCAAUAGAAAAAGCAUAAAUCUGCUUGGAGAGCCCUUCUGUGGGUCAGCUCCUCUCCUGGCUCACAGUGCACUGUUCACUCACGUAGAGGAUGUGCUGGGUAUUUUUAUGUGCACAGAACCUCCUGUCAAAGGCUUUGUCAGACAAGAAAAUUGGAAUGGCUUCACGCAGCUGUUCUUGGCCCAGUGACCCACCUGGUUGGCUUUUCCAGUCACCAUCACCACCAGGACUCCAAAGGUUCCCCAAUACCCCUGGCCUGUAUUGAAUAUAAUCUUUGUUCUCAUUGCUGCUGGGAGGAACGUCCCUUUUCUCCACAGGUUCUGAGAACUGAUCCUUGAAGGGUUUGGUUUCAAUUGGCCAAUUCCUUCUGGUUCUGUGCUACAUUGCACUGAAGCUUUUACAGUGUGUGCUGCUGUAUCUCACUGGUUAAAUAAAAAGCUCUGCACCUUUAGCUGUGAUCAGCACAAUAGCAUCAGUGUUAGAAUAGUUACUGGUUUUUACUUGGCAACAAAUGCUUUUGGUAGAGCAGCACUGUAACCCAGUUAGUCUCUGGGGGAGAGCAGGACACUUAAAAAUCUGCAUAUGUUCUAACUGUACUGACUACUUUCUUCCUUUUGGAAAAUAAAAAAAAAUUAAGUCUUCAGUUGGAAUUAAAUUAGACUGUCUUCAAAAAUACUAGGAUGUAACUGAUUCUUCUGAAUGUCAACCACUGAAUUUAAAAUGCUGUUUUCUUCUGAGAAAUGAGAGGUGCUUCUUGAGCACAGGGUGAGGCAGCAGAAACCACUUCUUCCUGUGGUAAUUGAGUAAAUGGAGAGAAUUUACACAUUCUUUAUUUCAGCAAUGCUGAGGCCACAGUUGUAAAGCACGAUUUUGUCAUCUAAGAGUGCUGAAUACCCAAUUCAGGCUUUGGGCAUCUCAGGGAGAUACUUCAGGCUGGAAAAAAGCCACAUGCCUUGACUAAACCUAGUUGUGUUGUGCAGACUGACCUUGGCUGAGGAUCUGGCCCUCAACUGUUCAAAAGUAUGAAUGUGCUCAAAAUUGUACUUUUUAAUGCUGCCCUGUGUCCUGUGCUGUGUCCCCCUACUGCUGUAUGUAAUUAAUUCUUUGCAUUGUUUAAUUUGCAACUUGUUUGUAGAUUUCAGCAUAAAAAUUGUAUGGGAGUUUAUUGCAUUCUGUACCUUCAAGGUUUACAUCCCUCAAAAGCCAUUUUGUCUGCUACAAACUGCUGUAAUCCUUUGAAUACCUCCAGCCAUCUUCUCUUUCUAGGAUUUUUGUAGUUAAACAGAAUGGAUUUUUAUUUUUGUAGCUUGUAACUUCAGUAUGUAUAGUAGUUGUUUAGUAAGUAGUGAUCAGAAUACUGUAAAAUGUUGUUUUUAAGAGCUGUAACUUUUAAUUAGUAAUUGCUCCUUACAGGAAAAUGUCAGCAUGUUAACAGUUUAAAAAGAAUAUAUUAUUUAGUUACACAUGCUGUGAUGCUGCCACAUGGGAUUUAUAUUGAAUGUUUGUCUAUAUGUUCUAAAGUGGCACUAAACAAGGAAAAUAUGAGCCUCAAGUGCAAGAAAUAGCUCACAAAAUAGGCAGUUUUCAAUUGAGAAAGGUGACAUUUGGAAUUCAGUAUUUUUUAUUUCCCACAGAGCAGUAAGGAGUGAUCAGUGGACUCUUAGCAGAUCAGUUGUUUCCUUGUGGUGUAGUUUGUGUAUUUAGUGCCCAAACGUGAGCAGACACUGCACCAUUCCUGCCCCUCAGAGAGCAGAACCCCAGAGCAGCCCCACAGCUGUGCAGGAUGUGAGGUCUUGCUUGCCAUGAAAAAAACAGUUAGCAUGAGCUUGGACCUCCAGAAUAAAAGUUUAAAUCAAAAUUUGCAAAUUUUUCCUUGCCAUCAAGCCAUGUUUUCAAACCUCAAACUGGUUUUCCUUUGGUUUUGAAGAGAGGGCAGGCUGAAAUGGAAGGGUAAGGAGGUAAUCCUGUAGAAGUCAUUGUUAGAAAAGCAGAAAUGCUGGUUUUAUCUGCUGCAGAGGCACAGUGAGUGUGCUUCUGUCUCAUACAAGUUGUGAUGGUUGGUGCAGGGGUUACAUGGGCACAGUGUGUGAUUUGGGCCAGCUUCUGCCUGAGGAGCUGCAGCUUCAGUGGAGCCACAGAGCUGCCCCCUCUGUAGUUGCUGCACAUUAACACAGGGAAACUGAAAACUCAGUUGUUGUACCAUGGCCUCUCUCUGUGACUUGCACUCCCUAAAAUUCUCUGUGCAGAAACAUCUGCUCCGUAUUCUUCAUAGAAAUUUGUAAAUACAGAUUUUUUCCCAGCACUGGCUCUGUUACUGAAUUUCCUAAUGCAUCUGUUUGUCUCGUUAUUUGUUCUGUAUUUCUCUGUAGAUUUAAGGGCGUGGAUUAAAGUAUUUAAACUCA